AUGGAUCUGUUGAAGGAUCUGAGUAUCGAUAAGAUUCGCAAUGCUGCCGAGGAUGCUUUGAAUCAAGUGAAACCCAAAACCGAUGUGGAAGCUCGUGUCUACGAAGUACUGUCCCACAAAAACUGGGGCGCUGCCAGUUGGCUCGCCAGUCAUCAUCAACCCAAUUGCCCUGACCCUGGAUCAACAAUAAAGUUGCAACAAUUAUCACCCGCAUCAUGUGGGAAAAUAUCGAGACGCAGCGUCCUUCGGCCUGGCGGGUCAUUUUCAAGGGACUGA